AUGAAAAAUGAUUGGUUUAUAAGGAGAUGGGUAAUACGUAUACAAGAACUUGCUCUCGCAAAGAAUUCAUCGAUUCGAAUGAAGCAGAUUCUCAACAAAUCUAUGAGAACCGACUUUGAGAAAUUGAGGAAGCCAACAGAAUAUCUCGGUGCUCUUGACGCUCGUGCGCUUGGUGCUAAUACGCUGGUCACUACCGCCUCUUGCUUAUUCCGCAGAUCUGACGAUGGGCGGAUCGAGCAACGAUUAUUGAGUUUGGAAAUUUUAGUUACCUCUAUGCUUCUCGCGUUUGAAGCCACUGAUCCAAGGGAUACAAUAUUCACAAUCUUAUCUAUUGCUAAAGAUACUGGGAAUCUGGGCUCUAAACUUGAUACAGAAAGGCGGUGGCUAGAUUUUGAAAGGCGACGCGGUGUGAUCAAAAUUCUGAUGGUUUUGUUAGAAUAUGUGGUAUGGCCAUUCUUUAAUUUAUUCACCACAUUGUUCUACACACAAUCAAGCCCCUCUAUGGCAGUUUUGGAUCCACGCAUACAGCCUAAUUACCAAAAGUGUCUCUCGGAUGUCUAUGCGGAUUUCAUAGAAUACUGUAUUCAAAUGUCCAACUCCCUCGAUAUUCUUUGUCGCCAUCGGCCCCCAGACUUAAGCUCAAAAACACUCGGGAAAAGGUCAAAAGCACAUUUGAAAAGGAGAAAAUGCCAUCUUGGAUUACCAGUAUUGAUCGAUGAGUCAGGUCGUCCACAAUAUAAUGCAUCCUCUCGACUAGCACCUCUUGUGCGUCUCGGCAAGAAAAUCAAUUAUGAUCUUAAGGACGAUGAAAUUGAUCCGACCAUCCCAGGAGAGCCCGGUGUAGAACCUAUAUAUGCGAAGAAGCAGGAGGAUAUACAACUCCGACACAAAUUCGAUGGUAUCAUGUAUGUUGAAGGAUUUCAGCUGGAUGUUAUAAAUAGAAGAUCUGAUGCCGUGACUGGAGGUAUAAUUACAGCUGAAGCAUUGAAAAUGGGGGGAUGUAAGAAAGACCCCUUGACAGGAAAGUAUGAGCCACAUGAUGCACUAUGGAGGACUCUAGUAGGGGACCGUGGACCCGAUGGUGUCAAUGCGUCCAAUUGGUAUCGGAGAGCUUGCGCAUAUUGUCUAGAAAAAAAAAGGCACCGGCAGCCAUGCUUCAAUUUUUAG